AUGAUUAAAAUAUUUAAACAUACAAGUCUAUAUAAAAGGUUUGGUGAUGAUUUAGGAAACAUUAUAUGGUUAAUUAUACUUUAUUUAUUUCAAGGUAUACCAUUAGGAUUAACAUUUGGUACUAUACCUUUCUUAUUACAUAAACAUUCAACGUAUACACAGAUUGGAAUAUUUUCAUUGACUGGAUUUCCGUAUAGUCUCAAGAUUCUAUGGUCACCGUUUGUAGAUAGUUACUAUUUCAAGAGUUUUGGUCGGAGAAAGUCAUGGAUUGUUCCUAUUCAAUUGUUGGCAGGUUCAAUGUUUUUGGUUCUGGCCAAUGGUAACAUCAUCGAUGAUCUCAUUGAACACAGUGAAACAGAGAUUAUAAAGAUUACUCUGUUGUUUGGAUCGUUUGUCGUUAUGAUGGCUACACAAGACAUUGCAGUUGAUGGAUGGGCUUUGACUAUUCUCUCUAAAGCCAACGUUCACCUUGCCAGUACAUGUCAGAAUAUAGGACUUAGUACUGGUUUCUUUUUAUCGUAUACUGUCUAUUUGGCAUUGUCUAGUGCCGAAUUUUCAAACAAAUAUAUUCGUCCGUCGUCACAUUACAAUGCCGAUGUUGGUAUCAUCACACUAUCUAGUUAUUUGUAUUUCUGGGGUCUCAUCUAUAUAGUAUUUAGUAUUAUUUUGGCGACAAUGAAAAAUGAAGAAAGAACUAAUCAAUCAUCAACACCAAAUGGAGGUUCACCAAAAUUAAAUAGUAGUACAAACAAAAAAUUGGAUGAUCCACAACAACAACAACAAUUAAUCAAUAAUAAUGAAUCAAUGAAUUUACAACAACAAGAAGAUGAUGAAAUGGAAGAAACAGAUUUAAAACCAAUUCAAAUCUAUCAAUAUCUUUGGAAGAUUAUUAGUUUACCUCAUAUUAGAACACUAUCGAUGAUGUUUUUAUUGAGUAAAGUUGUUUUUCAAUCAAAUGAAAGUGCUCUUUCUCUAAGACUAUUGGAAUUGGGUAUGAAGAAAGAGGAUUUGGCUAGUUUCUCAAUCUUUCAAUUUCCUUGUACCAUUCUAUUCUCAAUUGUCGCCGGUAAAUUAAUUAGAGAUAAUCCUUUAACAAUUUGGACAAAAGCAUACUUUUUUGGUGUAGUAUUUGUAUUUUUGAAUAUGUUAUCGGUUGUAUUUUUCCAAAAAGGUUGGUUCUUUUAUUUCAUUUUAUUAUUAUUGUCUACUUGCUCAUCAUUCAUGUCGACGCUUAUGAGUGUUGGUCAAGGUGGUUUCUUUUUAAAAAUUAGUGAAAAGAAUCAUCAUAUAGGUGGCACUUAUUUAACUUUUUUAAAUACUAUUGCAAAUCUUGGAGGAACAUGGCCUAAAUUUUUAAUUCUAACUUUGAUUGAUAAAUUUACAUCUACUCAAUGUGUAAUUCCAAAUGGAGUGAUUGUUGAAUUAAUUGGAACUACAGACGAAAUUAAAUCACUAUGUAAUGAUGAAGGAGGUGAGAUUGUUACCACUAGAGAUGGAUAUUUUACGGUUACAAUCAUUUUGGUUGUAUAUGGUCUCAUUAUGCAUAGAAUAUUAACAAAAAAGAUGAUCCCCAUUGAAAAGAUUAAACCUUCUAGUUUCGCAAUUGCAAAAGGGGAAUAA